ACGAAAACUACUUAUAAACAAAUAAAAUAACUAUAUAUAUAUAUAUACAAUUUCUUUUGUUGUUCUUAAGAAGUGUAACUUAAAAAUGCUUUCACAGCCGCAGCAGCUACUGGGCGUGGCAUUGAUACUACUGGCCCUGGGCUGCCAGAGUACCAUAGGUAAAAAACUAGAGAAACGUUGUGUCAACUGCUCAUAUCGUACGUAUUACACUUAUGGCGAUGGUCGUUCCCUGCAGCGCGUGAUCUAUCAAGAUCCGGUCUACACACGUGCUGCCCAGACUUACGGCUGCAGUGGAAAUCCGUGCGGCGUGAACGCCGUGUGUCAGGAGGCUGCCGGCGGCCGUCCGGUCUGCUCCUGCCCGCCCGGCUACAGCGGUAAUCCGCUUACGCAUUGCAAUCGUGGCGAGUGCUUGGACAACGUCGACUGUCGGGGCGACCUCCAGUGCAAGGAUAAUCGCUGCGUUAACCCAUGUGUGGGCGCCUGCGGUAUUGGCUCCAACUGUGAUGCCAGAAAUCAUGUGGCCGUCUGCAGCUGUCCAGCUGGCCACAAUGGAGAUCCCUACACGGCCUGUCAUCUAAACGAUCCAGAGGAACAAUGUCAUCCGAGCCCGUGCGGCAUUAACACCAAAUGCGAGAUUAUUAAUGGAGUGCCCACCUGUUCCUGCCUGCAUGGCUUUCUGGGCAAUCCGCUGAGCGGCUGUCGCCACGAGUGCGAGCACGACGGCGACUGCGGCGGCCGGGAUAUGUGCAGCAACUACAAGUGUGUGCCAUCCUGUGGACAGUGCGGCAUCGGAGCCAGCUGCAAGUCGGUGUCCAAUCAUAGAGCGUUGUGUGAGUGCCCCAAGGGCUAUAUUGGCAGUCCGUACACAGAGUGCCGGCCGGAGUGUUAUGGUGAUUCGGAUUGCCCGGCGGGCAGGCCGGCCUGCUUCUAUGGCAUCUGCAAGAAUACAUGCGAUGGCGCCUGCGGCGUUGGUGCCGAUUGUAAUCUGCGCGGCCUGACGCCCGUCUGCAGUUGCCCACGCGACAUGACCGGUGAUCCGUUCGUGCGCUGUCGCCCCUUCACCAAGGAGGAUCUGUGCGAGCCGAAUCCGUGCGGCACCAAUGCCAUAUGUGUGCCCGGCCACGACAAUACCGGACGCGAGCGACCCGUCUGCAAUUGCCUGCCGGGCCACACUGGAAAUCCACUCUCCCACUGCUCACGCGGUGAGUGCCUGAGCAACAACGAGUGCCCGGACCACAGGGCCUGCAUCAACUAUCAGUGCGUCGAUCCGUGCAUUGGCAAAUGCGCCACUGGCGCCAGCUGCGAGGCCAAGGCACAUCUAGCCGUCUGCCGUUGUCCACAUGGCCAGUCGGGUGAUGCGCUUGUCUCCUGCCGCCAGACACGCCUCUUCCCAGUGGCCAAAUACCACUGAGCGCUGGCCCAUCUCUCCGUGGGUGGAUAGCAAACGCCGCACUGCCUGCCAACACUUCAACUCACGGCUCAAGCUCAACUCAGCUUCCAAUCGAAAUAAUGAAAGAACAAAACAACAAAUACUUCAAUUAAUGCACCUAAUUCACUGACAAACUUGGGCUUACAUUACAAUAAAAAGAGUUACAUAAUUAUGUAUUA